AUGAUCACAGGCGACGAAAACGACAGUGCAACUACCAGGCGACAGACUGUUUACCGACUCCUCCAUAACAGCCUCGUGGGCGAAAAUGUAUUCCGUAAUUACCUAUCUUUUGCCGAAAACAAAUGCAUCCUCACCGCUGUCACCGCAAUACUGUUUGACCAAGAAUCGAGCACUCGGGGGAGUAUUCCCAGUCAAAUGGUCCAGACGACGGACCCGGCCCCGUUGCAAAGCCUUACACCUCUUUCAGCUUUGACAGUGUCAAGCCAGUCGGGGAGGCGUAUGAUCAACUCACUGAUCGAGCACAUGCUUCUGAUAGACUACAACAUCGAAGAGCGGCCCCUGCGGCCCCUGGACCCCGAGCCGGCAUGGAUAACACACUACAUGAGCAGGGUUGUCUGUCAUGGGGUCUGCAAGAGACUGGUUCAGUUCACGGAUGAGUGCAGAAACGGGAAGGACAUCCCAUACCGCCGGCUCGCAUGGAUGGAUACUUUGAUUCAGAGAUACGAGGACAGUACCGUUGCCGACGACUACUCAGACAUCGGCCUCAUGCUUUAUUUCUUCUGGACCCGCCGACGCGAGAUCACCAGAGAGGAGUACUUGGCUGGUAUGACGGGAUACACUGGUGUUCUACAUGAGAUGCUGUGCGAGAUCCCCGUUGUCGGCAAGGACCGGGUGAUACGGAAGCUUUCUGUCGACGUGCACAAGCUUAUCCCACACUGCGUUCAUGACGAGAGCAGUAGGACCCAGCUGAUUUCGAAGGCUAGGUGGAUGGCGCGGGAGCUUGAGAUAGAGAUACAGGUACCGCAAUUUGCGUUCUCGGGCCUGUCAAGGCCCGGUACUACAAGGGCUGGAGGGUCUGCCUCAAAUGUCCACCGACAGACCGUCCGCAGCAACAACAACAACGAUGACGACCGCGACGACCGCGACGACCGCGACUACGACCAAAGGAGCGCGGCAUCGGUCGAAACUCUGCCACCCACCUAUGAAGAGGCAGUGAUGGAGAACAUGUCCUUGUGA